AUAGGGGAAGGCAACUGCGCAAGGCACCCAACCCAACUAAUUUACCAUCACCAAUUAAAAAGAGACGGAGGGCAGAGGGAGAGGAGAAGGUGGGAGAAAUCACAAGCGAUCAGAGCACAGAGGCGAGAGGAGAGGGAAGGCCAGCGAGCGACGACGGAGCAGCUGCCUCUGCUCCGCUCCGUGCGCCCAAUCCCCCAAUCUCCCUCUCCCUCGCCGCGGAGAUUCGCCGUCGUCGUCUCCCUCCCGCCCGAUGGACCAGCUGGUGAAUUUCAUCAUCCGCCCGCCCAGAGCUGACUAUAGUCCAAACGAUGAUCUACUGGAGCAGGAGUUUAUGCUGAAGGGAAGAUGGUUUCAGAGGAAGGACAUAGAGGUCAUAAAUGGGCAGGGCAAGAAAUUGCAGUGUAGCCACUACAUACCUGCUGUGAUGCCUGAAGGAAAAGCACUUCCUUGUGUUAUAUACUGUCACGGAAACAGUGGAUGCAGAGCUGAUGCUAGUGAAGCCGCUAUUAUUCUUCUACCAUCAAAUAUUACAGUCUUUACACUGGACUUUUCAGGGUCUGGACUCUCUGAAGGAGAGCAUGUCACCUUGGGAUGGAAUGAAAAAGAAGAUCUGAAAGCUGUUGUUAAUCAUUUACGGACAGAUGGGAAUAUAUCUUGCAUUGGCUUGUGGGGCCGCUCAAUGGGUGCAGUCACAAGUUUAAUGUAUGGAGCAGAGGAUCCAUCAAUUGCUGGGAUGGUUCUUGAUAGUCCAUUCUCUAACCUGGUUGAGUUGAUGAUGGAACUAGUAGAUACCUACAAGUACCCGUUGCCAAAAUUCACGGUCAAACUUGCAAUACAGCACAUGCGGAAGAUUGUCAAAAGAAAAGCCAGCUUUGACAUCAUGGAUCUUGAUACCAUUCAGGUAGCAAAGCGAUGUUUUGUUCCUGCUUUGUUUGGUCAUGCAACUGAGGACGACUUUAUACUGCCCCAUCAUUCGGACAAGAUCUGUGAAUCAUAUGUUGGAGAUAAAAACAUUAUAAAAUUUGACGGGGACCAUAAUUCACCCCGUCCGCAGUUUUACUUUGACUCCAUCACAAUAUUUUUCCAUAAUGUGCUAAAUCCUCCUGAUGUCCCUGAAGAACAUUAUUUCAUGUCACCACAUGGCAGCCUUGGUCAGGGUCAUUGGGAUACAGAACAUGAUAUUGAGUAUAGGAUUGCUCAAUCACCAACAGCCCCUGCAGCUACGACAGAAGAUGCCAUUGCGCAGUUGCGUUCUAGAAGGCUCAUGAGUAGAAUGGAGGUCCCAUCUGGUGCAACCCCAGAAGGCAGGGCUGACAGAACUGAGGUAUUGGAUAGUGAUGUUGGUCCCUCCUCAUCUAGUGCAUCUACUGCGACUCCUCCCAAUGGCCGGAACGGAAGGAUGCUGACUCCAACCUCUGAUGAUGGCGAGUAUGUGGAGUACUCAUUUGAUAGUGUAUCAGACAUGCCUUACACCGAGGAAGACGAAGAUAGAAUGCUGAUGCAAGCAAUUCUUGAGUCUCUGAAGGAUCUAGAUAAGUCAAAUUCAAAGGACACUAAAACAGUUGCAUCCGAUGCUGUGUCCAAAGAAAGUAGUGUAGCAAAAGAUGGCAAUCAUACAACUGAUGUAGCAACAUUGGAGACGGAUGCAUCCUCCAUCUAUGUCAGUGCCACUGAUGUUCUUGCCAAGGAUGUAGCAGCCUGCAACAGCGUAGCAAAGAAAGCUGAUGUGCAAAGUGCAGACUGCAGCGCUGCGACCGAUGCUGCUGUUUCUGUAAAUGCUGCUGGCGCAUCAGAAUCAAAUGGCUCAACUCAAGCCGUCAAUGGAAAAUCUGGUCCAGCAGAAUCCCAGAAAUCCAAGCAGAACUCCAGUGGAGAGGAUGGAACAAGAGCAACCCUGGUAGUCCAGAAGAGCCGGACAGGCAGCCUGAUGGACGGGUUGUCACAAAAAUGGGGUUCCUUCUUCAAGAACAAUGACUGAGCGUCUGAGCCAGACAAGUGGCAGUUGACGAUACACGGGUUUUGUGUGUUUAUAUAGUCCAUAGAAUUUCCUUUGGCCGGGCAUCACGCCCAGCUUGAUUGAUUUACCUGUAAAAUGAAAAAAGGGAAAGGGAAAUACUGUACAAUUGGUUUUAGCGUGUUGGUGUAUAUAUAGAACUAGGAAAGGUAGCGAUCCCCUUGAUCAUGUAUCAUAUCUCAACACUUCGGCUUCCUGUGAAUUGUAGAUUCACGUUUGUCCUUCUUGGAGUGUGCUGUACUUCUUUUGAUGUGAUCAAGGGAAAGCUUGAUUUCUUGCA